GGAACACAGGUGCUGUAGUCUGUUUUUAUUGAGGAGGACUUUUUCUAGCAUGCUUACCGGUUUACUAUUUACUUUACUUGCCUAUGUGGCAUCAGCAGACCAGUGUAUCGGGAAAUCUAAUGGGGUGUAUGAAGUUGGUUGUCGGUCGUACGUCGUUUGUCACAACCAGCGCGGAGUGAUACAUAAUUGUCCGGACCCUCCUGCUACUAACACGGUCUUCAACUCCAGGACAAAAACAUGCGACCAACCAUCCAACGUUCCUGCACCUUGUGGAGAGUGGAGAGAUUGUACCGGGAAGACAGACAAGAGAUACCCUGAUCUUUUCAAUAAUUGUAAAUCUUAUUACACCUGCCAUGGGGGAGUUUACUUUGGUCACAACUUCUGUAGCCCAGGUGUUGUGUUUGACGAAUCCAUGCAGAACUGUAAUUGGCCUCAGAAUGUUGCGCCACCUUGCGGUACAUGGGGAACUGGACGCAGGCGUAGAUAGAUAACUGUAUUAUAACUCCCUAAUAAGUAUCUGAUAUCUA